GAACUGGGGAAGUGUCGUGACAGCUAGCGAACCUUGCUCUGACUCCACACAGAUACCUGUAGUCAUCAUCGAUAGUCAAAGCAUUGAAAUCUAGUCCAGGUGGUGGGAUUGUACCCUUGACCACUACGACCUUCUUAGACAAAUCUAAGUACUUUGUUUUCAUUGGCUCCAUUCGCUGGUAGAAGUCUCUGAAUGGCUGUUUUCUCUGAUGUUGAGUCGGCGUCGUGUUUGAUUUAAACAACAAGUCUCUAGAACUAAGAGAUCAAGUCUCUGGGAGAGAGAAAGAGAAGAACAUGGGAGUCGCUAACUCCAGGGAUCACCAUCUCUACCACCCCUCACAGUCUCCCAUCAAGGUGGUGCUGAAAAGACGCAACGAGCCACUGAAGAAGGAGUGUCUUAAAUGGAAGAAUGAGUACCCUAUGACAGAGGGCCAGCUGAGGUGUAAGAGGGAUGAGUUUUGGGACACGGCCCCAGCCUUUGACGGCAGGAAGGAGAUUUGGGAUGCGCUCCGAGCAGCAGCGGUGGCCGUAGAGCUUAACGACCUGGAAAUGGCUCAGGCUAUAGUGGACGGAGCCUGCAUCACACUACCACAUGGUACUCUGACAGAGAGUUAUGAUGAACUGGGGAACCGCUACCAGCUUCCUGCUUACACUCUAACCCCUCCCGCCAAUCUCAUCACUGAACGCACCAAUGACAGCGAAGCUCCCGAUCAAAAGGAGCCGAAAAAGCCUCCCGCCUUUUCCAAAGAGGAGUUCCAGCUACGAGUUCGACUCUCGUGCGGUAAGGACCUCCGUAUAAGCGCCUCCAUGUCAGACACCAUCUCCCAGCUGAAGACAGUCCUGGAGGGGCAGGAGGACAUCGAAGUGGCCCACCAACGCUGGUUCUUUGCCGGUAAACUGCUCACAGACAAGAUCCGACUCCAGGACACCAAGAUACAGAAAGACUUUGUGGUCCAGGUCAUCGUCAACAACUACUUACCAGUUACCAAGCUCAUGCCAAACUGAGAAGAAAUGGAGAAAGAUGGAUGGGAGAGCAGGAGGAAAGGAUUGAGAUGAAAGGGGGAUAGAGAGAGGGGUGGCGAAAGACUGGGAUGGAGUGCAGUCAGAAAAGGAUGGGAGAAUGUUGGUCAAGGCCUUAUUUCUCUCCUUUGGAAGUUCAAGCACACCAGGGUCAUGUUCAUUAGUGCACACCGUAGGAAAACGUAACAAAACAUUUUGCAACAUUUCUCAUUGGUCAUGUUCAGAUGGUCCGAAAUGUGGAAAGACUUUCCUUCCAUUUCGUGCCUAGUGAAUAGGACACUGGACUGUUGGUUACUGCAAUGGAAUGUUGGUUGCUGCAACAGAAUGUUGUAAUUAGUUUGUUUGCUUUUGUAUUUCUUAUCCUCUUUUUGAAUUUUCCUAAUGAGCCCACAUUGUUACUGAGUAAAAAUACACAAAUUCUGCAUAGCUUGGCAAAGCACUGACAAACUGUAUAAUGAACGGGAAGAGAAUCAUGGCAUAUGGAGAAGAGAUAUUUCUCCCAUGAGUCCGUCUGUCUACAAAUCAUUCCUUGUGAGUUUGUCCUUGUGGAACUUUGAACUGUGGAAAGUGUCCUGCCUGAUGGUACAAAUAUUCUAUUGGAUCUCUAUCUAUACUGAAAGCCAAUCGAUUUGUACCCUAUCGAUUGUCUAAUGUUUACCUAAUGGGAGAGAAGAAUAUUGACAGAUUUAUGAACGAAAGUGUAUGUACUGUUUAAAUACUUGUUGGAUCAUCAUAUACAAAUAUUUGAAAUUUUACGUGACAAGGUUCAUGAAAAGUCAACGAUUUGAGGAAAAAGUGAAUAUACAGGUUUAUAAAGGUGAAAAUAGCAGAUUUGAUUUCCAUCUACCGUAUUUUUCAAACCAAUUAUGGAGAAAAUGCUGGAAAGAGUAUGAAUAUUUGUUAAUGAAUUUAUUAAUAAAUAUUCUAAAUGUAAACUGAAGUAGUUUGUCCUAGUUUGUAUUGAAAAUUCAUCCUUAAGUACAGAUGCUAAAUAUUAUUAAAAAGUUACAUUUUAUCUUCACCCGAAGAAUAUAACUAGAAACAGUCAUUUUUCAUGACAAAUUGUGUGUCUUCCUUUAUCUGUUCAAAAGUAUUUAUGGUAGUUAAAGAGGCCUCUAUUGAUGUUUUAACAAUAUGUUGUCGAGGUCACCCCCUGUCCUGGGGAGGGUGACAUGUUCGAUGCCAAUAUAUAACAUAGAGACGAAAUCGAGUGGUUUUCUUCCAAAAAGUGGGCCGCAACUGGGUAAGUCGAGUUUUUGCACCUACUGGUGCUCCGAGAUACGUACUUGUAAUUUGCGCUUUGUUUUACCCAGAGCAGCCACCGUGGACAGAUGCCCACCCAGACCCUCCCCUAUGGGUUUAGGUUUUGCAGCCGGAGUCCACACCUUUUGGGGGGGGGGGGGGGGGGUACUGUCACGUCCUGACCUUAGUUCCUUUUUUAUGUCUCUAUUUUAGUUUGGUCAGGGCGUGAGUUGUGGUGGGCAUUCUAUGUUUGUUCUGUGUGUUAUAGUUCUAUGUGUUUGGCCUGGUAUGGUUCCCAAUCAGAGGCAGCUGUCAAUCGUUGUCUCUGAUUGAGAACCAUACUUAGGUAGCCUGUUCCCACCUGGUGUUGGUGGGUAGCUGUUUUCUGUGUCUGUGUCUUCACCAUACAGAACUGUUUCGAUUUUCAUUUCUUUCCAGGACUUUGUUAUUUAGUAUUUUCUCAAGUUCUGAUUUAAUAAAGUUAACAUGGACAUGUA